ACGUCUUUUUUUUCUCUCCCACACCAGACGAAGGGGCGGAAACGACACAUUUCGCUGUAUCCAAGCUUCAGGUUUUUGCAACAAAUCAACAAAAACCGCGACGUCAUUACUGUGUUAUUACCACCCACGCAAAUCCCGCGGCGCUGUUUGAUUUUGCUUCGGUGGAACUUUUUCAGGCAGUGAAAUUGUAAGUCAUUGGAACCUGCUGGUUCCCAGGUCUACCUGAUGAGUAUGAGCCUCACUACAGAACCCUCUAACGAUGGCCCUGCUGUUACAGAAGAGAGCAAAAUAAGCUCACCUGAGAAGAAGGAAAAGAAGGCAGAGGAGGUGGCGGCAGAGGAAGAGGAGGAGGAGGAAGAAUAUGUUGUGGAGAAGGUCCUGAAUCGGCGGGUGGUGAAAGGGAGAGUAGAGUACCUCCUUAAGUGGAAAGGUUUUUCUGAUGAAGAUAACACAUGGGAGCCAGAAGACAACUUGGAUUGUCCAGAUUUGAUUGCAGAAUUUCUGCAGUCUCAAAAAUCUGCACACGAGGGCAAAAGAAAGGCGGCUGGAGAAGCAGACGGAGACGAAAGCAAAUCCAAGAAGAAAAAGGAUGAUACAGAGAAGCUCAGGGGCUUUGCUCGGGGUCUGGAUCCAGAAAGGAUUAUCGGUGCCACAGAUUCCACAGGAGAACUCAUGUUCCUCAUGAAAUGGAAAAACUCUGACGAGGCUGAUCUGGUGCCGGCGAAGGAGGCCAACGUGAAGUGUCCGCAGGUGGUCAUCUCCUUCUAUGAAGAGAGGCUCACCUGGCACUCGUAUCCUACCGAAGACGAAAAGAAAGACGACAAGAACUAACGCGGGACGGGAGAGUCGGGGGGGAAAGCAUCUGUAGUUUUGAACUUCAUUGUACUUUCAACAGGCGGUGAGGGAGGGGGCAGAGACGAGCAGAACACCACUGGCCCAUUGGUCAUUUGGUGAAUUAUUUGACUCUACUUCUAUCUGGAUAUAAUCUAAAUGUAUAUAUGCUCCAAGUUUGCUUAAUAACAACUCAGCCUAAAUUAAAUCAAAGAACGCAGUGUUAAUUUCCAGUAUCCAUUCCAGUCCCAAGAGUCGCUUGUUUAUUCAUUAUGGUUUCCCAUAACAUUUGGUCUACUGCUCUGUGACGGGUGAUAUUUUUAUUUCAUUAGUGUGCCAUUUACAGCAAUCUUUGGUGUUUUUAGCACAGAUCCUUUAUCGUAGCCUUCUUCUUAGGCCUUGUUUUGUAUUAUUAGUUCUCUCAAGUGAUUAUUUUGUCAGUGGUAAACUUUGUAGUGUUUUUCAUGUCUGGCUUGUCGGUUUUGGAAAAUAAACCACUUUUUGUUACUG